AUGUUGGGCUUUUCUACUGUUAUGACUAAAGUGAAUCAUAUUCCUAUAAAAUUUGACAAAUAUGGAAAUAUGUAUACAGAAUUUGAAAAAUUAGAUUUUUAUUUGACUCAAAAUUUAACAUUGAUUAUUAAAGAUGAUAUAUGCGCAACAAUUGUUGAUUUUACUCGACCUAGUAACAAUGAAAUUCAAACAAAAUCCGGUUAUCGUAAUGUAACUGAGUAA